GUAGUGGUGGGGCUGGAAGGAUAAUACCGAAGUACCGCUCACGGUCACGGAUCACCGAUCACCAUCGGGCAUUGGGCAGUGGGCAGCGACGAGGACGACCACCUACGCCGGAUUACUAUAAAUUAUAAUGUUUAAACCCUGCCGGAAUUUAUUACGUUGUUCGUAGAAAAAAAGAUAAACCCAACACAUGUAUUCGGGGUGUACGUCUGCUGCUGACUGCUAUAAAAAAUAUCCCAAGCAGUCAUCUCUCCGAACAGUUUGAACCGUAUCUCGMCUAAUCGCUACAACAACUACCUAGUCGCGUCUCGCGUUACUGCUUUAGUCGUUAGCUGCACUCGGAACAGUCGUAAUCGGCGAAGCACGUGUAGUCGCCACACCGAAACACCAACUAUUAUAGAUAGUAUACAAUAGUCUCAGCUGUUGUAUUUACACGAUGUCGAAAAAAAUUAACACCGGUGUUGCGGGUCUGUCUUCGCCUGGUAUGAAACAUCGCUCAGACGGAUUUAGUUUAGGGUUGGAACCAGAAAUGAUUAUCAACUCGAAACCGGUAGAAGGAACAAAUUACCUUUUGAUGAAAUGGAAAGACGUCAAAGAACCAUCUUACGUCAAGGCUUCGGUUGCUAAUAAAAAAUGCCCAAGUAUUGUUAUUGAUUUUUAUCAAAGCCACCUUACAUGGUCUAAUUUUUAAUGUAAUGUAUGAAUACUAUAUAAAUUUUAUUUUAUUUAUAAAUAUAUUUUUAAAUACUUUUUGCAUUAUGUCUUAUCUAGGUAUAUGAUUCUAUAAUUUUAGAUCAUGUACACAUGUACAAUAUUUUGUAAUACCUAUACUAAUUAUUAAAUUAAAUUUUAUACCAUUAUUUACUACAUAUGUAUUACAGUUUAUUAUUAUGCCUAGCAUACAAUUUAUCGUCAAUAACUUAUUGUUAACAUAUUUCAUGUUUAUUUCACUUUCAAGAUGUAUAUAGUAUUUUUUAGCUUAACAAUAUAUGUAUAACCAACACUUAUAUAAG